UAUGGCUUCCAAACUGAGCAUUUCUGCAGUGAACGAGCUUUAUUACAGAGAUUUUAUCCGUACGUUUGGCAAUGUUAUCGAGGAGACAAAAAUUUGUGCAGCAGCUGUAUGUGGUAGGAGGCCUUUUAGGUCAUUUGACAACUUCGUGGAGGUGAUGUGCCAGUUUAUCGACGAGCUUCCCAAAGAUGGAAGAGCCGGCAUAUUGCGCAACCAUCCUGAUCUUGCCGAUCGUUUAGAAUCACUUACCCCCGAAUCCCAAAGAGAACAAACACACGCUGGUAUCACAACGCUAACAAAAGAGGAGAUUCAAGAGUUAAAACAUUAUAACCAGCUCUAUAGUAAUAAGUUUGGAUUUCCAUUUGUGAUUUGCGCUCGUUUAAACAAUAAAGAUGCAAUUUUGAAAGGAAUAAAAUCGCGCUUGAAUAAUGACAGAGAUCAAGAGCUAGAGUGCGGGAUUGAAGAAGUGAAGAAGAUCAUGCAGCUGAGGAUGAAAGAUUUGGUUGAAUGCGAGGACUCUAAAUUGUGAUAAAACUAUGGAACUAUAGACAUAUAUCUGUUUGGAACAUGGUAGGGAAUAGCAUACAGAGUUGUUUUUUUUUUCUAUAAAUCGGAGCACAGUAUAUUUCGUCACUCUUGGAACAAUCCAUCCCUCAUUUUUUAUUAAGUGAUGCAGGUUAAAAAGGUGGUAGCCAUGAGGCUGAUGUGGACCUACAAUUAACUGAUAAAAUGUAAAAUAAUAAACAAAAUAAUUUGUAAAGUCACCCUAUGGUAUUUGAAUUCAGUAUAAGUCAAUAA